CUCUCCCUCUCUCUCCUCUCUCUCUGCCUCUUAUUCUCUCUCUCCACUCUUCCCCCCCCCCUUUACUCUCUCUCAGGCACACACAACAGCCCCGGGUAAAUAGGAAAGGACAGAGCCUCUCUGCUAUUUUUAAGAAGAGCGAAGGCUAAAUUAAAAGUGGUAUUUUAGUGCCUUUUCCCGUAUUUUUUUCGCUACACUUUACCCUCCGCCCUUCCUACUACCCGAUAGAGCUCUUGGCUUGGGUUUGGAGGUUCAGGGAGAAAGUUUAGGCUUGUUAAUGUUACUGUCAAUUGUUUCGGGGGGGGCGGGAUUGCGGGUGGGAGAAAGGUUGCUCCCCCCCCUUCUUUCCUCCCUGUGGUUCUCCUGGGUUAUUGGAGAAUAAUACUCCAAGUGACAGCCAGAAGUAGACUUUCUGCUUUUUUCACGACGGAGAGCCUAUGAGAUAGAGAGCUAGAAGAGAACCCUUUUUUCCCCCUCAGACCUUGUCCGCAGUGAUUUUUUCGCUUUUAAAGAAAAGAUAAUCAGCGACCAUCACCCCCCCACACACCCCACACCCCCAAACAUAAUCUCAUUGUGGACCGUAUAGCGCUUUUUGCUUUGUUUUUGCGAUUUUUUUCAACGUUUCACUUGUCAGAUCAAUUUUAUCUUCUCUCUACUCACUUCCCAGUCUCCCUCCUCCCCCAUCGAAAAACCUGUUCUCCAAGAGACAUUUGAAAAAAAUAACAAUUUUUGAAUUCUGAUUUUUGCCCUCAUGGCUUCUCCUCAUCUUGACGUUUAUUUCUGCCCUUCCCCCGCUUAGGGGGGGAAGGGGGUGGGGGAGACAAAAUAAUACAAUUUAAGGGGGAAGUCGCCUUCAGGUCUGCUGCUUUUUUUUUUAAUAAAAAAAAGAGGAUAUAGAAAAACAUCAGUCUUGAACUUCUUCCUCUUCAAGAUCUCGGGCUGCAAAGGAAAUCUCCUUUGUUUUUAUUAUUUAUGUGCUGUCAAGUUUUGAAGUGGUGAGUUUCAGGUGAUUUUUAGAGGCGGGACUGAGUAUGGAUCAUUUGAACGAGACAACUCAGGGGAAAGAACAUUCAGAAAUGUCUAACAAUGUAAGCGAUCCGAAGGGUCCACCAGCCAAAAUUGCCCGCUUGGAGCAGAAUGGGAGCCCAUUAGGAAGAGGAAGACUUGGGAGUACAGGAGCUAAAAUGCAAGGAGUGCCUUUAAAACACUCUGGACAUCUGAUGAAAACAAACAUUAGAAAAGGAACAAUGCUACCUGUUUUCUGUGUGGUGGAGCAUUAUGAAAAUUCCAUUGAAUAUGAUUGCAAGGAGGAACAUGCAGAGUUUGUGUUGGUAAGAAAGGACAUGCUUUUCAACCAACUGAUAGAAAUGGCAUUGCUGUCUCUUGGAUAUUCUCACAGCUCUGCUGCCCAAGCCAAAGGGCUAAUCCAAGUUGGAAAGUGGAAUCCAGUUCCACUGUCCUACGUGACAGAUGCCCCUGAUGCGACUGUCGCAGAUAUGCUGCAGGAUGUGUAUCAUGUGGUCACAUUGAAAAUCCAGUUACACAGUUGCCCUAAACUAGAAGACUUGCCUCCAGAACAAUGGUCUCACACAACCGUAAGAAAUGCUCUGAAGGACUUACUGAAGGAUAUGAACCAGAGUUCAUUGGCCAAGGAGUGUCCCCUUUCCCAGAGUAUGAUUUCAUCCAUUGUGAACAGUACUUACUAUGCAAAUGUAUCAGCAGCAAAAUGUCAAGAAUUUGGAAGGUGGUAUAAACAUUUCAAGAAGACAAAAGAUAUGCUGGUUGAGAUGGAUAGCCUUUCUGAACUAUCCCAGCAAGGUGCCAACCAUGUCAGCUUUGGCCAGCAGCCAGUCCCAGGGAACACCGCUGAGCAGCCUCCAUCCCCUGUGCAGCUUUCUCACGGCAGCCAGCCAUCGGUCCGGACCCCUCUUCCAAACCUGCACCCUGGACUUGUAUCCACUCCUAUUAGUCCUCAGUUGGUAAAUCAGCAGCUGGUGAUGGCUCAGUUGCUGAACCAGCAGUAUGCAGUGAACAGACUCUUAGCCCAGCAGUCCUUAAAUCAGCAGUACUUGAACCACCCUCCCCCCGUCAGUAGAUCUAUGAACAAGCCGUUGGAGCAACAGGUCUCAACCAACACAGAGGUGUCUUCCGAAAUCUACCAGUGGGUGCGAGAUGAACUGAAAAGAGCAGGAAUCUCCCAGGCAGUAUUUGCACGUGUGGCUUUUAACAGAACUCAGGGCUUGCUCUCAGAAAUCCUCCGAAAGGAAGAGGACCCCAAGACUGCCUCGCAGUCUUUGCUGGUUAACCUCCGGGCUAUGCAGAACUUCUUGCAGCUGCCGGAAGCUGAAAGAGAUCGAAUUUACCAGGAUGAAAGGGAAAGGAGUUUGAAUGCAGCCUCCGCUAUGGGUCCAGCACCUCUGAUAAGCACACCCCCCAGCCGUCCUCCCCAGGUAAAAACAGCAACAAUUGCCACAGAACGGAAUGGGAAGCCAGAGAACAAUGCCAUGAACAUUAAUGCUUCCAUUUACGAUGAGAUUCAGCAGGAAAUGAAGCGAGCAAAGGUGUCCCAAGCACUCUUUGCAAAGGUUGCAGCAACCAAAAGCCAGGGGUGGUUGUGUGAACUGUUACGCUGGAAAGAAGACCCAUCUCCAGAAAACAGGACCCUGUGGGAGAAUCUCUCCAUGAUCAGAAGGUUCCUCAGUCUUCCUCAGCCCGAACGAGAUGCCAUUUAUGAACAAGAAAGCAACGCUGUUCAUCACCAUGGUGACAGACCUUCCCACAUUAUCCAUGUUCCAGCUGAACAGAUUCAGAGCCCCUCUCCCACCACCCUUGUGAAAGGAGAGCCUAGAGGUACUUUCUCACCAAGCCUGCUGACCCCUGGACCAUGGCUGGGUGCUGCUCCACAGCAGCAGCAGCAACAGCAGCAGCAACAGCAGCAGCAGCAGCAGCAGCAGCAGCCCCAACCCCAGCAACAGCAGCCUGGGCCCCGACUUCCCCCUAGGCAGCCUACUGUUGCUUCACCAGCCGAAUCAGAGGAUGAAAAUCGGCAGAAGACACGACCUCGAACAAAAAUUUCUGUUGAAGCUCUGGGAAUUCUACAGAGCUUUAUACAAGAUGUAGGCCUGUAUCCAGAUGAAGAAGCAAUCCAGACUCUCUCUGCCCAGCUUGACCUUCCCAAGUAUACUAUUAUUAAGUUCUUUCAGAACCAGCGAUAUUAUCUCAAGCAUCAUGGGAAACUGAAGGACAAUUCGGGUUUAGAGGUGGAUGUUGCAGAGUAUAAAGAAGAAGAAUUGCUGAAAGAUUUGGAAGAAAGUGUCCAAGAUAAAAAUGCAAACUCCCUUUUUUCAGUGAAACUAGAAGAAGAGUUAUCAGUGGAAGGGAACACGGACAUUAAUGCUGAUCUGAAAGACUAAGAUAAAAGUAUUAUUUUCAUUCAACAGUGCCACUGGUAUUAACUAAUUAAAUGAAAAUUCCAUCUUGCAUUCUCUCAGAAACCUUUGUUGUUCAUUGUUUGGCCAAUGAGUCUUCAGAAACUUGCACACACGCACGUACACACACACACACACACACACACACACACAAACAUGAAAUGAAAAAAAAUGGAUAAUGCAGACCGCUAAAUGUUUUACUCUGUUUUACAAAUUGCUCUACAGCUACAGAUGAAGCAUUGAGGAUUGUUUGAUAUUAAUUUGUGUUCACUGGCUACACCCUGUUGUAUCCAAUAAGCAUGAUACCAGUGAUUUUUGAUUCUGAAGCUUUCAAAGAAGCAUUACAACUUUGGUGAUUAUUGUUUCAUUUUUAUUAUUGUUAUUAUUAAUUAUUAUUAUUAUUAUUAUUACUGUAACACUCCACACUUGAUCUUUGAAAACUCACACUUAUUUUAAAGAAAAAGAGAGUUUGUUCCUCUUGCUCUAUUGUAUGUUACAAAAGAACUAUAUACUGUGGAAUGCAGUUUUAAAAUAACACACGCCAACAAAUGCCUUGUAUUAUAUGGCACUGCCGUAAUUCAGAUUUGUUUUCUUUUUUGGAAAUAAAAGGUCACUGUAAUAUUUUUUUUUCAUUUUCAUUGUUACAUGAUUUUUCAAAAUGGAAAGAAAAUGUGAAACACAAUUUAGUCCUCAUUAUUUAUUUGUAGAUCCUGCAGCAUCAUGUUGUAAUUAAUUUUUUUUGGAAGUUUCCGUUAAAUGUAAUAUUGCUUCCUCGUUCUCAUACUGAUUCUUUUCUAUUUAUAAAUGUAUUUUGAUGGGCAGUAAAACAAAGUGUCUUAAAAGUUUUAAAUAGAGAAAAUGUGCUUUACACAGUUGCCUAUAAAAAGUGCUCGAUGUUAUCCAAGCAAUUCAUUCUAUAAGCUUCACUCUUAUUGUUGUAUGCAAUUUUUACUAUCAUGCAAAUAAGCUUAGGUAAAUAAAACUAAUAGAUCACCUUAGAAACUUAUGCAAUUAAUGUGAAAAUAAUUGAUGUUUGCAAUGUGUCUUCCUUUGGUUUACAAUCAAUUUCAAAGCAACAUCUGUAUAAAUUUUCUGUACAAAGGUGUAUUUCUUUUUUAUGAGUUUAUUGCUAUGAAAACACCAGUUAUUUUGGUACAGCUAGCUGUUUUUAUAAGUGUAUCACAAUUUUCUUUAUGCAGAACUGUUCUGACUAGGAGUGGUUAUUGACUGUAACUACACAAUUAAAAUUGUUUGUAUGGUAUGCUAUGGGAGGGUUUGUCUGCUUAUGUAUACUCACUGUAAAGGACAUUGAAGGCAUGCCCUCUCUCUCUCUAGGUGGCUAGUGGUACUUUCCCAGCAGUACCUUGUUCAUUUGAGAAAGACCAUCUGAAAAUUUCUCUCUCAAGACUUGUAUUAGCCUUUGUAAAAUUUACAUGUUGAUGGCAUGUGUGUAACACACACACACAUACACACACACGGACAUUGAAGUUCCACGAUGAAAAUCAUAACCUGCCUUGUCUUGGUUAACAUUUUGCCUGCUAAACCGAGAUAGCAGGAUAUUCUGGAGUCCAAAAGCUAUCAGGCACAAACAUAUUUAGAAUCCCUGGCAGUGAUGCUCUUAUAAUGGGUACAGCUGCUUUUAUUUUGUGCUAUGUGAAUUAUGCUCACACUGUUCCUUAUACUAAUGUAUAAACACUUUAAAAGGCCAUUAAUAGUCACAUAAAAUAAACAGAAAAAAUGGCUCUUUAAGAAAAUUCCUUAGUAAGCAAGAUUUUGAAGAAUAGUUAUUAGCUGUUAGUAAUUCCAAUAACUUUUGAGUUCAUUGGACUGCCUAUAUUCUUCUAGGUCUAGAAACUACCUUAGGAAUAUGAGAACACAAAACCUGAAGCCUAAAGGCUAUGUAUGUUACAUUGUGACUUCAUUUUCUCCUAACAUUGGUUUUAUAUUGUUACCUAAUCCUAGAGAGACUAAACCUUAGCAAACUACACAGUAGCAAAAUUAAACUUGCUAAUUGUCAGAGAACUAAAUGAGGAUAUAGUUAUAAAAUCUUUCAUUCAUAUUUCAAUUUUAAAAAUUCUUCUAACUUCUGUUCUUAAUAUUUUCCCAUAGGUUUUCUGAACACAGCUAACCAGGGCUAUGAGUUUCCUUGAGAAGGGAUCCAUGACUGCCCGUUUCCUUUCAGUCUACUAUUUGCCUGACCCCAGAUGAUAUCUUGUAGGCAGCUGGGCUCCUUCAACAUUGAACUUUUAUUUAAAAAACUGAAUUGGGAGCAUUGAAAACUCCCAAUUCAGCUUUAAAAUACUGUUUAAUAUUGAAGCACAGCUAAGCUACUCUAGAGGCAGCUGGUUUCCCAUAAACUUCAAACUCUACCCCAAAAGUUUCCAGUUCCUUUAAUUUAUUAAGAGUUCAAUUUUUCGUGCAUCUCUGCUAACUAUGAAACAAGAAAGGAAUCAUUUGAUGGAAGGAGUUGAAAUUAGUGAGAAUAAAAACAUUAGCUGUAUAACUAUAUUCUUCAUGUGCUUACUUAGAAAGCAUAUGAUAUAUAAAUAUGUAUGGGGUUUUUUUUUCCCUAAACUUCCUUUUUCUCACUUCCUCUGGUUAGGGGCUGGUGGUAGAGAAGGAAAUUGAAAUAUUUUGGUGGUUGUAUUGUUUUUCUUUUUUUUUUUAAUUUAAGGCAAGGUACCAAGACAUACACCAAAACAUUUAAUUUUUGACCUGAAGCCCAGGCUUCCAGGUAAGGUUUUUCUUUCUCAUUCCAAAAGACUUCCCAUUUUCUUUUGGAUUGAAAAAUAGAGUGGAUUGGUUCACUUGUAUUGUAAAUACUCACCAACAAUAACAGAUGACAUUCGCUAAGAAAUAUCAUUUAAUUCCUUUAAAUGAAACUGGUUAUAUUAAAUAAUUUGCCAAGAAGAAAUGAUGCUAGUAAUCUGAGUGGCCAUGGUGAGGCAAUGAGCUUAAGAGGCUGUUUUAAAGAAAGUUCAAACUUGGAUGGUGCGUUGAUCCAUUCAGUCCUCCCUUGGUAUCCUGUAGGCAUGAUGACUGGCCUGGGUCAAGGCAGCGUGCUAUAGCACAGCAUUUAUCUGGAGUACAAGGACCCAGCCCUACUAUUCACUACUAAUGACUGAGUAAGUCUUUCACAUCUGUAGACCUCAAUUUCCUCAUUUGUAAAAUGACAGCCUUAGAAUAGCUGGUGUCUGAAGUCCCCUUCCAGCACUAAAUCCUACAAUUUUUUUUUAUGUGCCAAGAGGUUUAUGUGCUAAAACUCCAUUUAAUUAUGUGAAAAGUAUCUCAGAGACCUUUUAAAGGUACACAUGCUAUAGCAUGCAGUAGCAGAGUUGGAGAGUUCAUAGAUGAUAUUCAUCCCUAUGAAUCUGAAUCUGUCAUGGACUCCUUCACUCAGCAUUCUCUCACUAAUAUGUAGGACGCUCAGUGGCCGUAUAUACCUGUAUACUAUGCAAAAACAAUAUCAUAAGCAGUGUCUCCUUGGCCCAUAGUAUGCAGAGUUGACACAUACCUUCCUAGAAAACAAGAUAACUCUUUUGAGUGGCCUAAUUACAUGAUACUUAGUUUCAAAGUAUGUGCAUGAUGUGUGCAUUCAUUAACAUCCUGGGAUUUCAGAUGCCCAAUCUUAAGGAAAAAAGUAUUUUUCAAAUAGACGUAUCAAUGCUUAGUCAAGCACAUCUGUUGAAACUAAAAUAUUUUCAAGUAUCUUAAGGUUGAAUCAUACGCGCUGUAGGUAUCCAAUCACCAUCCUGUCCUACCCCAUUCUCUGUUGCUAACACCCAUUUAAUGUCAACGUCAUUAUGUAUUGUACAAUCCUAUUCUUACUAAGUGGAGUGUACUAAACUGCCACCUGAUAUUCUGAGAAAGCAGUUUCUAUAAAUGUGCAUCAUUAGAUGAUGGAAACAGAGUCCCCUGUAUAGCUCAUAGGCUCUCAAUAAAAAUAUGUUGAACGAAUACACCACGGAAGAAUUAAACCAAAUUCUUACAUGUUAGGAUGCUAUCACCACCUUUCUCCUAUAGAUCAGGAAACUAAAAGGCAUUAGAACUUCAGUGGUCUGCUCUGAUCUAUCUCCCUGAUCCUUCUUACCUUGGUUAAGCAAUUGAAGAAUCUGAGUUGGAAGGGAUUACCCAGCCACUGCUUGAACCCAGCAUCUCCCAAGGCAAGCUGUUCCACUUGUAGAUAGCUCUGUUGGUCAGGAAGAUUUUCCUUAUGUCAAGCCUAAGGAAUAAGACAAAUCAAAUGAUAAUUUUGCCAACUUAAGGAUGCACAUGAUUUUCUUAGUAUCUCUUCUGAAGCAAUUAAGUCUCUAUCAUUUUAAUGCAAAAGCUAAGUACUUGCAUGAUUUUCCGCAGUAGCUAAAGGAGAAGGCAUUAACAUGCAUUUUACUAAUGAAAAUAUAUACAAUAUGCUCAUUAAUGGAGUGUGGUCAAAGGUGUAUAUCAACAUACUGUACCUGUAUUAUAAUUAAUUCCACAUGUUGAAUAAAAAACAGUGCAGAAU